AGUGAUGAUUGGUGGUUCUGCCGCUGCACAUUACAGGUAUGCGAGUGUGUUAUCAGCAUUUGCAUGCAAUCUUCAGUUGGGAACACAGCUGACGAGUUGUGACAAAUGGGAGAGACGAUUGGGUGUGUGUUUCGGCGUGAUUGUUGCAGAAUCUCGGUCGAGGUUGCUCUGGCGAAGCAAAAGCUCACACCGUACGACGCUAUAUGUACUUUGCGGUCAUCCUGCUAUUCACUAUCGGCGCUGUAUCCGUCGUGGCUUCCCGUUACCAUCGUCAUCGCCACAACACGGUCGGGAUGUGCGAACAGCAUUCACGUUGUCAAAUGCGAUGAGACGAAGUUUGGAAGCACAAUCGGUCUAAAAUGACAUAUAAGUGAGCUGGAAAAGCAUAUGUUGGAUACAACAAUGCAGCAAAAAGGCACCUCGCCACCUACACUACCCUAUUCAACGGUCUGUGCAAGCCGACUGCGCGAC